AUGGCUGCGUUUUCUGGCGCGCGAACUCGCCUGGGACUACCCUUCAAGGAUGCACACGUUGCACAAAUAUUGGCAGAUGGAAAUGACUUGGAAAUCGAGGAAUUUGCCGAUGACAAGGAUAUUGUGGCGAAGGUCUUAGACCACCUAGAGCAGAGUGGAUCUGGUGCUACCGACGAGUCCUCUGAAGUAGAUGAUGCACCAUCCAGAAGCAGGGGAUCUACUUGA